AUGACUACAAAAAAGGGACAAAGGGAUGUUGCUGAAUUUGUAUCCUUGGAAGAAGUUCAUUUAAUAGUAAAAAGACCUGCUCACAUAGGCGAUAAUAUAGAUGAUAUCAGGCGCCUUAUCAAUUGUAUGUUACAAGAGGACCGUACCCAGUUUGAGGAUGAGGUCAAAGAACAAAAUAUUCGUAACAUUGUAUCAGCAAUGAAAUGGGCCUUAAGACAUAGUUCUACGGCUCUUGUUCCUUAUCAAUAUUAUGACGAAUUCGUUAGAUAUGAACAAGAAAUUCUUACUGAAUUAUUUGAAGUCUGCUCUCAAGUAACUGCUGAAUCUCACAUUAAUAAAAUGUCGGUACAGAAAAUAGUAAAGUCUUUAGCUCUUUGCAUAUUGAGUGAUCAAGAUAAAUCUUUACAAAAUUUUGAUUCUGCUUAUUCUGAAUGGAAAAAAUGCUCAAAUGCUUGUCUUCACCUUUUUCUUGCUUACCUACGAGAGUUAGACUAUUUUUCUCCUGAACCUUUAAAUCCACGUUUAACUGUAUUAUUAGAUAAUUAUGUGGAGUAUCGUAAAAUGUCUGUUACUUCUACUUACUUUGAACAUCCUUUACCUGACACUACCGUUGCCAAUGAAUUUCCUAGUGUUAGAACUCGGAAACAAUCUGUUGUAACAUUUGCUCAAACAACUGAAAUUACUACUUCAAAAGAAAGAAGAGUAACUAUUGUUGAAACCUCUGAACCUCGUCCUGUUAGUAUGUUAAGAGUCACUAGACAGAUUCCUUCCACUGAAAUAACUUCUGAAACUAGAACUUUUAAAAGUCGUACCAUUGUUAAUUCUAUGAUGACAAUUGACGAAAAACAAAAUGUUGAGAAAAUGUGGGAUCAAUUUCAAGCUAAUGGUAUAAGUGCUUUAUCUGAUGAUUUCUUGAGGUUAUACUUUUCUCUCGAAGAAAAAGCUCGAGCUCCAAUAAAUGCCACCUAUGAUUUAAUGUUCACCGAAUUUUCUAGAAAAGAUCAAACAUUAAAUAAAAAAUCAAAUUCAACAUUAUUAGAUCCAACAUUAGAUAAAAAAUCAAAUUCAACAUUAUUAAAUUCAACAUUAUUAGAUCCAACAUUAGAUAAAAAAUCAAAUCCAACAUUAUUGGAUCCAACAUUAAAUCCAAAAUCAAACCAAGAAAUAAUUCUUCAAGAUGGUGAUUCUACUAUUGAUGGAAUAAAAAAGAGAAAUGAUUCUGGAAUUUCUGUUAGAGAUACUGUAGUUUGGGAUAAUUUUUCAGAAAGUGGAUUCAAAGAUUCUAGUGAAGAUUUAGUAGCUGUUAGAUCUCCUUCAAUAAAAGAAUCUAUAUCCGAUAUGAGUAAAAAAGAUUCAAUGAUAACAUUCGAUAUUAAUCAAGAAGAAUCAUCACGAAAAUCUUUACAAAGCUCUGUGAUUUCAGCAAGAAAAUCUCUCAGAGAAAGCAUUAAAGGCAGAAAAAAAUUAGUCAAAUUCCGUUCUUUAAGAAAAUCAAAUGGGUCUCUUUCUAUUGAUUCACGUGUUUGUGGUUCGGAAAGUAGUUUUUCUGAAACUGUUCCUGAAAACGAUAAAGAAGAUUGGGAUGAUUGGGAUAUUAUUAAUAGUGAAGAUCUACCUGUAACUACUCAUCUAUCAAUUGAAACAGUUGAUGAAAUCUUUCCUUACGUUUGGAUGGAAACUACGGCAAGUGAUCAAGGUGAUAGAUGGGGUGAUUGGGUUUUCAUUGAACCAAGAAAAGGGUUAGUACAUGAAUGUGAAUGGGUCAUGAUCGAAGAAAAAGCACAAAUAUUCACUGAACAACCAGUUACAAGAGCACCUAGGAGAAGAAAGAUGAGCGCUAUAAGUACAUUUAGUAUUCCAUGGAUUAGAGGAAAAGGGAAAUCAAGACCUGCAAGCAAAGUUAGUGGAAUAAGCGGAGUCAGUGGAAUCAGUGGUGUAUCAAGUGUAUUACCACCACCUCCAGCUUCUUUGCAAGAAUUUAAUCGAGCUAGAACUGAUGAUGAUAUAUUUGCAGGUUACAAGUUUGGAAGACAAAAAAGUGCAACUAGAAUAACGAAAACUAAUACUGAUGAACCAAUCACGUGGAAAAAUAAGACGCAAGCUUCUCAUACUAUACAGACAGAACAAAUUGUAGAGGAAGGAUUGGGUACAAUGUCAUACAGAGAAUAUAGCCAUUAUGAAACAGAAGCACAAUAUACUCAAGGAUACCUUAAUGAAGAACAAUAUCAUGAUAAUUCAGAAGAAGCUUUUGAACAACCUCAAUCGAAUUCAACGUAUCAAGAUAACCAAAAUGAAUAUCAAGAUGCAUAUUUGGAAGAUGGCUAUCAACAAGAAUAUACUGAAGUAGAAAAUCAGGAUCCGGUUAUUUACAAUAAUUAUUAUAAUAAUACAGAUGAGAACACAAGAAGUUUCUACGGUCAACCAUCAAUAUUACAGGUACUUUAUCCUACAAAAUUUGAUCAACCCAUUAGUGGACGAGUCACACAAAUCAACAUAUAA